UAGUCAGAAAUUGUGCGGGCUUUUGACCCAAUAACAAAUAUGGGCUUCCCCAGAAGCCCAUCAAAAUCCUUCCUCUGUUUCGUACUUUCGUUCGGCACUCUAUCCACAAACUCGAACAUCCAGCGUCGUGUACCGGUGAUGUUGCCACUGCCCACCGUGGGGGCGGGCGCCGCGUCGCCGGUCACCGCCGCAGGGGUAGCGGCACCCCUCAGGUCUCGUCCGCUCCGCCUCGUCGCGACUCGAGCCGCCACUACCCCUUCUUCUCCCUCUGCUUCCACCUCGGCCAUAUCCAGCGCGUCACCAGCGGGGCAUUCCCGCAAGCACCUGUCGGUCAGGGACGGCUCCCCGUCGAAGCCCACCAAGCCCCGGGUGUUCUUCCUCGACGUCAAUCCUUUAUGCUUCCGCGGCUCCCAGCGCAGCCUCGGCGCCUUCGCGCGCUGGCUGGCGCUCUUCUUCGCACACGUCAGCCUCCGUGACCCUGUCGUCGCUGUUUUGGACGGGGAAGGAGGAAACGAGUACCGGAGGCGGUUGCUGCCUUCGUACAAGGCGCAUAGAGCUCGCGGAGUCGGCACUGGCGCUGACACGCGCGUCGUUAACGUUCUCCGCGAAUGCAAUGUCCCGGUUGUAAGAGUCGAUGGAUAUGAGGCUGAUGAUGUGGUGGCUACCUUGACAGAACAGGUUUUACAGAAAGGUUACAGAGUUGUCAUUGCCUCACCAGAUAAAGACUUCAAGCAGCUGAUAUCUGAUGAUGUUCAGCUAGUCAUGCCCAUUCCUGAGAUUGGCCGAUGGUCUUUCUAUACAUUAAGGCAUUAUGUCGCUCAAUACAAGUGUGAUCCAACUGCAGACUUAAGCCUUAGGUGCUUCAUGGGUGAUGAAACAGAUGGUGUUCCAGGAAUCCAGCACUUGGUUCCAGGAUUUGGUCGAAAGACUGCAGUGAAACUACUGCAAAAACAUGGUUCAUUAGAAAACUUGCUAAACACAGCUGCAACUAGAACUGUUGGCAAAGAUUAUGCCCAGGAUGCUCUCACUAAGCAUGCAGAUUACUUACGGAAAAAUUACGAAGUUCUUAGUCUGAAGAGGGAUGUAAGUGUUCAGUUUGAUGAUAAUUGGUUAUCCACGAGGAACACAAGCAAUGACACCAAUGUUCUAGCUGACUUCAUUCUUAAAUUUAAUGGCCAAGGCAGAAGCUAAAUAGCUGGUACAGUAAAACAUUUGUACAAGCUGGACUUGUUCGUCACCAGUCACCAACCACAUGAUCUAACCAGAACAGAGGGAUGCAUAAAGGUUGAAGGAGCCAGCUGCUGAAAAAACUGCGUAUGCUGUAUACCCUUGCUCCAAAGAAAUAGUCAUCACACAUUCUCGCUUGUGAUGUGUGGAACUGGAGUAGCCGUGUAAAAUAGAAGGUGUCUUGGUGGCUACAUGGUGUCCGGGAUAAGCUUAAGAAUAUCCAGGAGACCAGGACCAAGCUGCAGUGGUACUACUACUGUGCCGUAGCCUGUAAAAUCCACAAUUAUGUUGCCAGGAGAUUACAGAUGGAGUACAUUGUACUGGUAGCAGCUCGUUGAUGUAUAUGCAGUUUAUCGUAAGCUUGUACUAAGACAUAUACAUCGGAUACUGCUUGUACUACUAAAAUUUUAUUUACUGCUUGUAUGAUGUCCCAACGUUUUUGUCAGGAUACAGGAAGCUUAUAUGAUGUGCUA